AUGCGUCUCGAGCAUCCCUGGUACUCAAAAUACUGGGCUCCGAGGCCAUAUACCAGAACUCCCCCAAAGGCUACACGUGAGACUCCACGCGUAACUCCUCAGUCCAGGCGACGGUCUCCCCCCGAUCAGGGCUUCUUGAACAGAGGCACCGCGCAACAGCAGCAUAGUGGCACAUCGUCACUCGACCCUCCUUCUGAGAGAAAGAAGGUGGGACAACCAAGUAUUUCCCCCGAAUACAUGCGUGGACCUCCUCCGGGUGUUCCUCCUAUCUCCCAGCCUCAAGCUGGCCUGCAACCAUCGCCUCCUCGCAUGCAGCCGCAUCCCGUUGGAGCUACCGAGUAUAACCUGGACUAUCACGGUCCUGCCCACCGGCAGCCCUGUGUUCCUUUUCACCACCAGAUGGCCGAAAUCACUGAGAAGCCUCAGAAUCACGGCAACCUCCCCCCAGCUCAUCACUUCAACCAAAGCUUUCAACAACACGGUCCACCGCAGUGGCACCAUGGACCACCUCAUUGGCAACAUACCCACCCUCUUCCACCUCCUCCGCCCCCGCAUCUGCCGCCGUUUUUUGGCCCUGCUAACUUCGUCGGUCCAAUACCACAACCGCCGUAUCAAGCACCACCUGUGUUCUACAAUCAGGGAGGUCCUCACGGAAAUGCACAAUGUCCGGUGGAUCCCCAGAUGCGGAGCCCUCAGGCACGAACUAGACAGUCUCCCGAGCAAGACAUGGUCGGGUCACAACUAUUGUCACACUCAAGCUCAUCGAGCAGCGCGCACACCACCCAUGCUAUAUCACAAGUUUGGGUUGUAGUUGACAAGGCUGCUGCAGCGGAGCACACCAACAAGGGGAGGCCCGUGAAAGCUGGCACUUCUCUGGAUGAGCCAUCCACCCCUAUUGAUACUGUUUCAACACAGGAAGAUGGGCGCAUUGCUGGCACACUGGAAAAGCCUGUCCAAGAAGGGGAAAGCUCGGACCAGGGAGGCACGGUGGUACGGCAUGCGCAGUUCUCCAUCCAUGAUGUGCGCUUCAGCCAGGAUAUGUCCGGCACAGUGAGGAUCCGCCCAAAUAGGCGGAAUCAACACCAGGCCCUUCCCGCAGAGUGGUUGGUUGUGGAUAGUCGAAGUGCAACUCUGGCCGAGCAGCGGCAACCUUCAGGAUCCAAGAAGGGUAAAAAUAAGAGGAAGCCCGGUGCCCGUCCAAGUUCGCGACCAUCGACACCUGUCGACUUUUCCUCGAGCCAGGCUGAGAGCUCCAAGGCUCAAGCUUCGGCUUCGACUGAGCGACCCGAAUCAGUCACGGGAAAUGGUGCACUUAAGGUCCCAGAGCCCAAAGGAUACCGCGCAGAUGCAGGUGGAUCGCUCAAGCUGUCAUGGAACCCCAGGGGCCCAGCUAUCCAUGUCAACCACCUAGCCGACCAGAUGUUACCUCCACCUCUGAGAACUGGAUCACCUCAAGAGGGACCCUCCACGGGCCCUGUCCUCAAGGCCAACAACUCGAAACAGGCUCGAUUUCAGCGGUUCGACUCCCUAAGCAGCAUCCCCGACUGCCCGGUCCUCCCAAGGGCGUGCGACUUAUUUCCCAACUACCCCGAUCUAUCAACGUCUCCGCCCAAGAUUGUGAUGACACCGGCCGAGACAACCCCAAACCAGGAGAUGGCUUCCCAUCCGACUAUCAACGGGUUGCUCAAUGGUCCAAACCGCGGGAUCUCAGACUCAUCCCUUGCCCAAAGCUUCUACACCGCAAACAGCACGUUCUUUUCCAGAGAGAACAGUCCUCCCGAAGCAGCCAAGGACGAGCUGUUUGUCUCGCCCCCAGAGACUCCAACCAAGACCAGCCAACCAUCCUCGUGCACAUUGCCUGCCAACCCAAUUCCGAAGCUCACAGCAGCUGCUCCCGUCCUGGAGGUACCUGUGGAAAUCCCAAAGCUGGACAAGGGCAAGAGCACAGCACCCCUCCAGCCCGAGACCUCUGUAUCCAACUUGGAGACCUCAGAGCCCACCGACUCCAAACCAGAGGCCCCCAAGCCAAAGUCCAGCAGCAAGAACAAGCACAAAAAGAAGAACAAGACCAGAGCCGACACUGAAGCCGGACCUUCUUCUUCUCAGCCACAAGAGCAGCAGCAGCAGUUGCCGACCCCAGUUGGUUCAAAGCCCAACUCCCGCCCCGCCACCCCCGCCGGCGACGCCAACGUCAGGAACCAAAAGAAGAGACAGGCGCACGCGAAGAGCAAAGCAGAGAGGAAGCGCUCUGCUGCUGCUGCUUCUGCUAAUAAAGGGGGACCUUCUUCUUCCGGGGCUGAUGCUUGA